GUUUGGUUGGGUUGGUUGUUUGUUGUGUUGAUUUCGCGGCUACCGGCGCAAGAGUUAGUUUGUUUUUGCGUUACCUGCGGCAAAGACCGGCAAAACUGUGAUAAAGCAUUGUAUUACUAAACAUAGCAUAAGUAUGGUGCGUGUGGACUUAUCGAAGCUUACACACCUUCAGAAGGACGCGAGCCAGGUGCGUAAUAUCUGCAUUCUGGCCCACGUGGACCACGGCAAAACCACGCUGGCAGAUAGUUUGAUCGCAAGCAAUGGCAUCAUUUCCACGCGCUUGGCUGGCAAGCUGCGCUACAUGGACAGCCGGCCAGACGAGCAGGAGCGUCAGAUCACGAUGAAGAGCAGCAGCAUUGCGCUGUACUUUCGGCACGAGUCGAACGACGCACACAGCACCGGCGAGGAAGAGUAUUUGGUCAACUUGAUCGAUUCACCGGGCCACGUAGAUUUCAGCAGCGAGGUGUCAACCGCCAUCCGGCUUUGCGACGGGGCAAUAAUCGUGGUCGACGUUGUGGAAGGCGUUUGUCCGCAAACACGCGUCUGUCUGCAGCAAGCGUACAACGAGCAGCUUUCCACCGUGCUGCUGUUGAACAAAAUCGACCGACUGGUGCUGGAAAAGCGGCUAGAACCGGCCGAAGCGUACCAUCAUCUUGCGCAGGUGCUGGAGCAAGUGAACGCCGUCGUAGGGAACCUGUUCGCGACGGAUGUUUUGGCCCGGGAACAGAUCAGUACGACGGCGGAUCAAACAUCCGCGCUGGAGGAGGCGGAUGAUUCCUUCCUGUACUACACACCGCAGCAGGGCAACGUGCUGUUUGGUUCGGCGCUCGAUGGAUGGGCUUUCGAUUUGGCAACCUUCGCCCGGCUGUACCACGGUAAGCUGGAGGGCGUACAGGACAGUGGCGAGCUGUUGAACGCACUAUGGGGAGACUAUUUCUAUUCACCGCGCAAGAAAGCGAUAGAGCCCGGUGCCACGGAAAAGGGCCGCAAGCCGCUCUUCGUGCAGCUGGUCCUGGACAAUCUGUGGAACAUAUACGGGUUGGUGGAAAACCGAGACGAAGCGAAGCUACGAACCAUCUCGGAACGGUGCGGCGUGGUGCAGAAUGUGCGCGACCUGAAGCACGCCGAUGGACGGGUGCCGGUGAGGAACCUGUUGGCCGGCUGGCUGCCAAUGGAACGAUCGCUGCUGGGUGCGGUUUGCCGAACGGUCCCCAACCCGACCGGCAUUAGCGAGAUGAAGGCGGAAAAGCUGCUCUGCUCUCGGUUGGCCGACUUCGCGUCAUAUCCGGCGGAAACGCAAGCUCUCAAGCGUGACAUUAUGCGUUGCCGGGCGGACAGCGAACGGUUGAUUGUGUUCGUUUCGAAAAUGUUUCCUAUCGAGCACGGUGCACUAGCGGGAGCGAAGGACACACUGGAACGUUUAACGAAGGCGCUCUCGCUCACCGAGCCUGAGGACGGUGGAUGUGACGGGGAGGCGGAAAUAUUUCUGGCCUUUGCUAGAGUGUACAGCGGUACGCUGAGAAGAGGAUCGCGCGUGUUCGUGAUUGGACCCAAGUAUGAUCCACGUACGAUGAUCACGACGGACGAUGCCGGUGCGAAUCCACACCUGGUUGAGAUCGAAAUCGAUAGUCUGUUCCUGCUGAUGGGCCGUCAGCUCGAACCGGUCGAUGCAGUGCCGGCCGGUAAUAUCGUUGGUAUCGGAGGUCUGCAAAACGUGGUGUUGAAAACGGCUACGCUAAGCAACACCCGCUACUGUCCACCGUUUGUCGAUCUUCCCCUGAUAGCGACACCGAUCCUGCGCGUGGCCGUUGAGCCGAAGGAUAUUCAAAAAAUGCCCCAGCUAGUGCGUGGGCUUAAGCUGCUCAAUCAAGCGGACGCUUGCGUGGAGGUGCGCGUGCAGGAAAGUGGUGAGCAUGUGCUGUUAACGCUCGGCGAAGUGCAUCUGGAACGGUGCAUCAAGGAUCUGCAGGAAACGUACGCAAAAAUUGAGCUGAACGUGUCAAAACCGAUCGUACCGUUUAAGGAAACAAUCGUCCCGUUCGUACCGACGUCGGAGGAUAAUCCAGAGGAGGAAAUAGCAAAGGAUCGCGAGAAAGACAAAACGGUAACGCUUCAAACGCCAAACCGGCAGUGUACGAUCAAGCUGAUAGCAAUGCCACUGUCGCAGGAGGUGGUCGACCUGCUAAACAGCAACGAACCGGUACUGAAAGCCUACAUAAAGGCACACGAAGCGAAACAACCACUACCGCAGGCGCUGCAGGAUUCGAUCAGUGAGCUUCGGGCGGGGCUGACCCAGCUGCUGCCCGAAACGGUGCCGUUCGAUCGAAUUUGGUCCUUUGGGCCGAAAAAGUGUGGUACGAAUUUGCUUGUAAACGGGACGGAUUUCAAGCAUACGGCCGUGUGGUACGAGAAUGAGACGACCGAGCAGACGGCGGACGAUCCACGCGCGCAGUACGAGUCGUCGUUUUUGAACGGGUUUCAAAUGGCUUCGUUGGCGGGACCGCUGUGCGAUGAGCCGAUGCAGGGCGUGUGCUUUUUGGUGGAACGCUGGGAAUUAGACGUGACGAUCGGAGUGGAUCUUGCUUCGGUUGCGUCUCACGGACCACUUUCAGGCCAAAUCAUGUCCGCCGUUAAGGAAGGAUGUAAGAAGGCUUUCCAAAAUCAGCCGCAACGGCUCGUUCACCCAAUGUACAGCUGUAACAUAACAGUGAACUCGGAUGUGCUUGGAAAACUGUACGCCGUGAUAGGGCGACGGCACGGGCGCAUCCAGUCGGCGGAUCUGAUCGAGGGCAGCGGCCAGUUCGACGUGACCGCCGUCAUACCGGUGAUCGAGUCGUUUAACUUCGCAACCGAAAUACGCAAGCAAACGUCCGGCCUGGCGAUGCCGCAGCUCGUCUUCAGCCACUGGGAGACGGUCGAGAUCGAUCCGCACUGGGUACCGUCGACCGAGGAGGAGUACCUGCAGUACGGCGAGAAGGCCGACUUUACGAACGUGGCCCGCGUCUACAUGGACGCGAUACGCGAACGGAAGGGUUUGCCGGUGGAGAAGAAGCUGGUCGAGUUUGCGGAAAAGCAGCGGACGCUAUCGAAAAAUAAGUAAAAGCAGCAUGCCCCUUGCGGCGGGCUGUUUGAAAAGCGGUUUAGAAAGAAGGCACCGUAUAGCGAACUCGACAGCGAUACUUUUUUGAAGCGCAACAAGAAAAAGGAUAGUUCAUUCUUUUGGCACAGGGACAGCGCAGGUAGUUUUGUGGAUUGUUUUACCUAUUUCUGAUAAAUUUAAGCAGUUAAUCCUUAACAUAAUUGAUUUAAAGUCAGUGCCGUAAUGGAUGCUCGGUUACAGUACGAUCAGCAAA